AUGAUAAAGGAAUGGAUAAUUUUCUGGAUCGGGUACAUAAAGAAAAUGUUAGUAACGAAAUAAGAGAGAAAAAAAAGCUUCAAGAUCAAGAGAUACUUCCAGAUGUGAAAGCAUCCUCAUAUCAUGAAGCUUCUCAGGAAGAAAAGCAAUUACCUCUUAACCAUAAUGAAAAAAUCAGUCAGAGUAUCGAAACUUCACCUCUUCCAGAGAAAUCAAAUCUGAAAAUUCCUUAUAAUCAAAAAGUAGAACGAGGUUUAAGACAUGAGCUAUUUAUUUGCACUAAAGAUAACAACAAUAAGAUUAAAAAAGUAUUUGAUAUUCAAAUUUCUGAGAAGUGA